AUGGUAUCCUCCCUAUUGCCAUCUAAGCAAACCGGCGGUAUUCGCCUCGAGGGAUUCCAAAUUGCGCCGUGCAGUUUUCAAAAAGAGCACAGUCAUCCGAAAGAAGGCUACAAGACUUGCACAGUCUCACCCGCACCACUGGCAGAGGAUUGUGAUGAAACUAGCCUGACAGCAGUAGCCAUCCAAAUGAAGCUCGAAUCAGGUCCCACCAGCCCCACGUCCCGAAGCCGCCAAAUGCUAGGGAUUGUGUGGACGUUCAACCGGACCCACAAGAAAUAUCCUCUAAUCAAGCUCAGCUCGUCGUAUAAAGCCUCUCGCGAUCUUGGAACCUUGACACGACAUCUUAGCUCCACCCAAAAGCUGACGACUGUCCACGUUAUUAUGCCGCUGACGGUGCUUGCGUUUUACACGCGCCAUCCAGACUUCUCUCCGAAGGACUUCGAAGCAUACAUGAUUGAUCGUCAUGUUCCUCUCGUCAAAGAUAUCAUGGGGCCUCUCUGUCCGCAGACUUACAACCUCCGCUUCGCAAUGCGGGUUGAUUCCGGUAUUGGCGAUCGGCUUGGCGCAAUAAUCUCAACCCAGGUGCGAACAAACGCCGAUGCGCCUGUAAUGUUGGUCGGUUCGCCAGACGACCUGGAUUGGGAUGCCGUGGGUGAAAUGACCUUCCGGGAUGAACUCCAUCUCCAUCAGGCUCUGUCUGUUAUGAAUGACCUCGACUCACAGAGGAUCAAAGAUGACGAGGAAAUUUUUACCAUUCCGGAAAAGCUGAAGGUCGUUUUCGUGGGUGAUUGCAGGACUUUAUAA